AUGGCACCUCGUUCUACGUACCCUAUCUCCGGUGCCUUUUACUUCCUAGCCCAUCCUCAGCUAUGGUCGAAGAUGUUUUGUCCGUUCCUCCUGACACUUGCAUUUGGCAUUGUCUCAAUCGUUCUUGCAUUCGUGUAUCUAUUACCUCUUCAGGCUCAUGCUCUCAUCAAUGCCAAUUGUCCUACAUGGUUGGCAUGGUUGUGCUCCGUUAUUUUUGUGCUGCUUGAAUCUGCCAUCAUGGAUUUGUUGUUUUUUGCAAUUGUCAUGCCAUUCUUCCAAGACGCUCUUUUUGAUGCUACAUUAAUGGCACGUGGAAUGUCCCGCAUGUUUGCUACCCGGGUCCCGGUUGACGGUUUCUUAUUGUGCUGCCGUGGAAUUUCUUCAGGCCUAGCUUUGGUUUGGUUCUUACUCAUUAGUCAGGUUGUUAUUAUGAUUGUUACUGCACCGUUGCAUUUGAUUCCUGUAUUUGGUACUAUAAUUGCCUGUUAUAUCAAUGGCUGGGUAAUCAGCUGGGGUCAUCGUAUUCAUUAUGAUCUCGAAUUCCGUGGAUUCACUGUCUCAGAGUCGCGUAGAUAUGCUUGGGCCAACAAAAAUGAUUAUUGUCACUUUGGUGCAGUUGCUGGAGCUCUCGAACUCAUUCCUUUCUUCAACCUCAUCUUUAUGUGGACAAAUGUGUGUUCAAUGGCACUCUGGGUUGCGGAUGAGUAUGAGAAGAAUGAGGCAGCAAUUGGCAGAGAUCAACAGAGAUUUGCCCAAGAACAGGGUAUCGGGUAUCCUUCUGGAGGACCUUCAAGUUAUUACCCUCAAGUAGACGCUUACCCUUCCCAGGAGAGAUUUGAACAGAGUCGACUUGUUGAAGAAUAUCCCGGGUCGUCUAAUAAAAAAGGGUAUGGAUCGCACGUAUGA